AGCGCAAAACGCAGCGUUUCGUAGAGUUCGCAACUUCACAUCAGCAAACUGCGAACGAUGCGGAACUAGUUCUCUCUCAUGUCGAGAUUCAGAUGCCUGCACUUCAAAUCUUAAUCGGAGCCAUAUUUAGAUAUUGACACUGAGAACGAUCUAGAGAUCGUCCUAUCUGUUUCAUUGCCGAACAAUGGCAGUGCUGAUCGAGAGCUCCGUUUGGGAACCAAGUCCCGCUCUCUACAUCUUCAUUUUCCUCUGUUGCUUCUUCUCCGUCUCACUCUUCCCUCGCGUUUCCAAAAGCAGCAACAACUCCAACAGAAUUUCCUCUGUUCUCGACAACGGCAGCUUCCCCUCUCUCCUCCGUUUCCGAUGCAACUUUCUUCUCCUCUACUCUCUCGCAUCAGUGAUGGAAGGGCUGUGGUCGGUGUUUGGAGAGUUUGAGUUAGCUCACCAUGGGGUUACUAAGGAGCAAAUGGCGUUCUCUAUUUGUGUUGGGUUAGCAGCUGCUCUCUUCCUCGGUCCUUUCUUUGGAGUGCUUUCUGAUUUAACAGGACAGAAGAAAGUUUGUCUAGCCUUUUGCAUCCUACACGUUUUUGUUGGCGUGUGGAAGAAAAUUAGUGCACAUCCAAGUUUCUUGCUGACAAGUAUCUGUUUAUCACUGGCCACUUCAAUCUUUGUAUUCAUUUUCGAGACAUGGGUGGUUGUAGAAAAUGAAAAGCAAGGGCACAGGCAAGAUAGUUUGAGUGACACAUUUUGGUUAAUGAUUUUCUUUGAAUCAGCAUCAUUAAUCGCAAGCCAGGUGCUUGUGAAUUGGCUGAUAGGCAGUAAUCUGCAAAAAGGGAUUGCGUCUACUUCCAAUGCAGCAAUAUUUUUCGCACUUAUAGGCAUCAUCUGCGUAUCUAGAUGGGCACAAACUCCACAUACACCAACGAUUCAGGAAUACAAGAUGUCUUUUAGUGCAUAUAUCUUUCAUGAUAAAAGAAUGUGGCUAUUGGUAUGCACACAGGCUUGCCUUCAGUUUUCCAUUGUGGUCUUCUGGAUAUUGUGGGCCCCAACAGUGGUGGCUGAUGGACGAGAAGUGCAUCUAGGGUUGAUAUAUUCAUGUUUGCUGGGCGCAAGAAUGCUUGGAAGUACAGCAUUCCCAUGGCUGAUCAAUGGUCCAGCAUUGUUGCGCACUGAGGAUUGCCUAGUAUAUGCAUUCAUUACAUUGGGACUUGUUUUGUCUAUAGUUGCCUAUGAUUAUCAGGAAGUUGGAGUUCUAGUGUCACUAUUUUGCAUAUUUCAUACCGGUGUUGGCCUAGUUAUACCCUCCCUUGCAAGAUUGAAGUCCAUGUAUGUGCCAAAUGAGUUGCGUGGAGGGGUGAUAAGUCUUUCUCUAACCAUGGCAAAUGCUGCUCUUCUUUUCUUUCUGAUGCAAAGAGGUUACCAUCAGAGCAUAGAGAAUGCAACAAUGAUGGCAUUUGCUGCGAUUGGGCUUUUUACAGCAGCUGGUUGUAUGCACUUGUUGAAGCGAUGUGGAAAGCAACCAUAUCAAAACUGGCAUAAACUGUGAUUUUGUGACCCUGGAAACCAAAGUUGAGAAAUGACUGCUCCUGUUGUCAGUUCUGAUUGAUGAGACGAUAGAUGAUGAUGCAUAUCAAGGUUUUGUUCCUUCAAAUGCUAGGAGGUAUGUGAACAAAGUGAGAGGCACAUAAGAUAGAAAUAAAACUACAUGAAGUUCUUGUUUGCAAAAAUUGCUAAUAGUCCCUUGAAUUUCCGCUAGAAAGCCACAAGCGAGGAGAUACCAUCAGCAAUAUGGGUACUUUGUAUUCAACUGCAAAUUUCCACUUUCAAGCACCAAAUACUUGAUCCGCGACACAUAGACGCAGAGUGACUGGUGGGCUGCUGGUAAAAGGUUUUCUCUGGUCAUGUAGAACUUUACAGACGAAGUUCAAUAUCUAACGAAGGGGCAUUUGAGGUGUCACCCAUGAGAAGCUGCAUUGUGGAGGAACUAAUGUUUUAAAAGUAAAAGCUCUGUACAGCAGUGUAGUUAAAUUAUUGGGUUCUAAUUUCUAAUCUAACUGUAAGAGAUGCAUCUUGAGAUUAUAUUUUUUGGGUGGAGACAGAUUUUUUUGGAAA